GUCAGCCCGUAUCUUGAACGCACCACUUUUUUGGGGGGUGGGCAGGGGGGACGUUUCGCUUCUAAAAUGUCUUGGUGAGGGCAAAACAUGAACGCCUCAAUUAACUUCUCCAGCGUGGACUUUGACGCGCAAAGGACGGCGCAGCUUCACCACCGUUCCGUCAAGGUGAGCGUCAUCAUCGUUCUGGGGGUGAUGAUCACUUUGGGGAACAUCGCGGUCCUCCUGGUGAUCACGUCCUCCGUUGCCGGCUGGUCGAGGAGCUCCCGCUACUUCCUGCUCUCCCUGACGGCCGCGGACUCCGCCUUCGGGCUGCUGGUCAUGCCCUUGAACCUGUGGGUGAGUCUCCUCAAGGACUACACGAACGGGCCCGACCGGCUGUGUCACCUGGUGGCCUUUUGCAACGCUACCGUGUACUCCACGUGCAUGUACACGCUGGCCGCUAUCAGCUUGGAGAGGUACAUCGCGGUGCUCUACCCCCUCAAAUACUCGUCCAUGAUGACCAGGAGGCGGACUUUGCUCCUGAUCGCCUUCUCCUGGUGCUUCCCACCCUGCCUCCUGGUGCCGAUAUGCUUCCCGGAUGGCAUCAUCCAGGUCCACUUCUCCACCGCCUCGCUGGUCUGCAACCCGUCCUACUCCAGUAACGUGGGUUACUCGCUGAGUUUGGCCUCUUUCAUCUUCUUCCCGUGCUCCGCCGUCAUGGCUUACGCCAACACGAGAGUGUGGUGCGCCGCCCGGAGACAGAGCCGCAAACUGCGCCAGUUCGAGCGCGCGCACCGGAGGAGACACAACGUGGCCUCCAGGGUGCUGGUGCCCGUCAUGGCUGCCUACUUCACUUGCUGGACGCCGUGCAUGGCAGCGAUGAUCUACAACGCCCUGUCGGGUAGCUCCGUUCCAGAGUGGGUCGAAUUUGUGGUGGUUUGGCUGCCAACGUCCAACGGUUUCCUCAACUGCAUCUUCUACUUUUGGAUCAACAAAAGCUUCCGACAGAAAUUCUACCUCAUCGCGCAUAGACUAGCUCACGCUCUCUGCCCGCCACUGCUCAACACUCUGGGAUGCUGCAGACCAUCCGUGAUUCCGUUUGGCUCGGGCUUCCUGGAUGACAAUCGAGUCCAUGAGCGCUCAUCCAGCGUUUCCUCCACCUGCACGCUCAUGUCCUUAGCCUAGCGGCUCUGAGAAGUGCCAUACAGGCAUGGCAGAGGACUUGUGUUUUUAUGACUGAAGCUACUUCACUGGUUAAUGCAUUCAAAGUGGGCUUGAGUUGAGAUGUAAAUGGCUCGCACCAGAUCUGCCCUCUAAAAUAUCACUGGAUUAAUUUUGUCUUUGUUUUAUUUCCUUUUAUGAACAUGCGGUCAAAAGAUAUUGUUCUGUUUAUAACUCCUGUGGUAUUUUUUGUUGUUGUUGUUGUUGCUUGUCUAUUAGUUUUGUUUUACCUCCCAACUGGCCCCCAGUGUUGAAGGGUUUGAAUGCACUGUCAGCAAACACCUCUUAAACCAACUUUCGGACGUUUUCGAGUAACACUCCGGCCUGCCCAGCACAACUGUCUCUGUGACACGUUGCGACAUAUUUCAUAUUUCUAAUGUCGGAUUCUGCUCGGAGUCGAUUAAUUUGCGCACGUGUGUGACUCCGAGCACACUGGCUCGUCGCCAUCCACCUCUUCCUUAUUUUUAAACGCGAGAAUGGAAAGUGUUGACAUAUAACAGCUGGGAGAGGUUAACCUUUAAGUUGUGCCGUUUGAGCGUAUGCAAGGAGAAAAGUAAUUAAGCAGUGACACUGUUGAAAGGUCACCGCGGCCGUGCUGCCAGAAAAUAACUUGGAUAACUUCUGAGGUUGUUUGUUUUGCUGUGAAGCGCUUCAUCUGUCAUUUUGCCAACGGAAGCCUCUUCAGAGUGACGUCCGCAGUGAACGCUGCUUGUAAAGCAAGCGGAGGUGUCCCUUUUGAGCUAUUUAAUGCCAUGUAUUUUAGCCUUUGCUUUGUGCCGCGCCUUCAUGGGGGAGACAUGGGGGGGGGGGGGGUAAUCAUAUUGUGAAUUCCAAAAUGUCCCAAGUUUCAUGUCAGAUUUUUCUUUGAAUUACAGUAUUUUGGAUUGUGAAAUAAGAGAUUUUUUUGAGAAUAUAUGGGUUAUGAAUAAUCUAAGAAAUAAAGCGUUAUGCCUUUUGUACUGCGCGAGCUGCUUUGUCGGACAAAAUACUGCAUUGUCUGCAGGUUCUAUAUCGCAAUGACGCAACAGCAAAACAAAAUGCAUUACGCCCCAAAUGAGAGCAAACUGUUAAAGAAAAGAAAAAAACAUAUCGUGGCACUGCACCAACAUUGAAUUGUUUUUUGCCUUGGCCCUUGCUCCAUCCCAAUCCAAAGUUUUAUGGAAAUCAGCAAAGUACUUUCAUCGAUAUCUUGCCCACAAUAUAAUAAAGAACAAACUAACUUUUUUUCCCAUUACCACUUAUCAGUUUGGGCUUGGCAGUGUUCUGCGCUUUCCGAGUGCUAUUAUUCAUCAUUUGUUUUUGUGGCAGGAAAGCAAAGUGAAAAGUGCUUUUCGUUUUCCUGCAAACACUGUUCCUUCCAUCUGGAGCGGAGCGAUGAAUUCAGGAGCUUGUAAUUAAAUUUCUGUAAAAUUCUGAAGAGUUUAAUCGAACCACUUGCAUUGAAAUUGUCCCGGUAGGCCGACACCCUUAAUAAUCUGAGAAGAAUAUGUGAUGUUUAAAUGAGGACCAAUGGUGGAGGAAAAUGAGAAAGUCAGCUGUGCAGUGGUAUAAAGUGCAUGCGGAGCAACUUAUCAUUUUCAAACUUUUGAUCUGUUUGGUACUCACAACUAUCAUUGAAAAACUGUUUCCUUAAACACUCAAUCCAAUGAAAUGUGCGGCAAUGCAAUACAAUAUAUUGCAAUAGCUGUUUAGAAAAUUCUGCCUUUACAUAAAUUGGAAAAAAAAAACAAUCUCUAAAAAUGGUCUUCCUUUUAACAGCAAAUUGUCAAAUGUGAAAAAGCGGCUAAGAUCUAGAUCCAAGAUUAUCUCCUAUUGUUUAGUUCAACUUCAAGUUUGAAGCAAUUGUUAUUUAUGGUCACCGACACGAAAGAAAAGGGCUGGAACAGUACAUGAGAUUCCCGAUUAUUACCGUAAGUUUUUCAACUCUUAUUAACUGCGCAACAAUGAUAAAACAUCUCAACCAUCUUCAGUGGAUUGGCCGUUUCCUUUCCUAUCCUUCAUGUUUUUUAAAAACGUUUUAUUGUUUGUUGUUACUUGCACUUUGUCAAUUUUUGUUGUCUUUAAAAUUCACCUUCGUUUCAAUUCGAUUUUCAAUUCCCAAUUCUGAUAUAAUUCUAUUUAAAAACAAUCUUUUUUUCAAUACUGACUUUAUCACCAAAAAUGUUGUCCAACCCUUUCAGGGACAAAGGUUACUACAGUGGACAGUUUAUUGUGUUGUCAGGUUACAGGUUAUCAUUAUUGGUGCAUGAAAGGGCUAACAUCAACAUUUAGUCCUUGUUACAAACAGUUGGAUGUUGGAUAAUUAUUUGAGAUGCUCCAGAGUGUGACUGAGUCCUUGAGCUGCUCCCUCCUGGUAAUGGUGGAAAAUGGAAUUGUUGCAUGCAUUGCUGAACCCUUUGAUGUCAAGGGAGCUACACUUUUCGUGUUGUUGUAGAGUGCCAAGUUCCAGCUUCGGUGACACCGAAGGUGACUCGGCAGGAAAGCAUUCUGAAUUCUUUUUAACUGACCUCCUAGUCCUUCAGGGGGAAAGUGGCUUGUUUUAGUGAAGCUUUUAGGCGGCUGUAAAAGCUUUUAGAACACUCCUGGGGGAUUUCUCAGUGGACAGAAGAUCUGUCAGGCUCCUCUUCACGUGGGUGUGUCUUGAACUACCGAGUCCUCAAGUGCAAAUGUGAAAUAUCAGCUUAACAUCGGUCCGCACAAAAACUAAUCAUGGUGAGCGUGUAUAUCCUGUGAAGUUGACCUUUCAAAGAUCACACCCCACCCCUCCAUCUCUAAGUGUUUUUCCAGGCAUUUGAAAUCUCUGCUGCAACCAGCCCCCCAGGACAGAUGUGCAUUAGCAGCCUCGCCAAUAGUUGCAAUAAUUGACAGGCUCUCGUGUUCAGAUGAGAGCUUCAUAGUCUCCCACAGGUGCUCUCGGACAGGGAGGCAUCAUUCUGGUCACUGGUCACAGUCAUCCCCGCUGACAUGGAUGAAAGUAAUGAGCACAAAUUAGAUACUAAAUGUAAAACAAUUGAACCGUGUGUGUGUUCAUUAUGCUGUUUUUCAAUAACACAGGUGCUGUCAUCUCACUACAGACGGUCAGUAAAAAUUAAGUGCCAAUUGUAGUCUUCUUCAGGGUGUAACAUCAUUUCAACCGCGUGCGAUGUCCUUGCGUGUAUUAUGUGCCCACUGAUUGUACCUGCCGUUUCCAUUUGAGUGUGUUUGACGAACAUGUUCAGGUUACAGUAUUUAUUGAGAAGCUCAACACAUUGAGCUGAUAACGCCCCUUUGUGUCCAGAGUGAAUAUGGCAGUACAAGCUCACUGCUUUGUAUGUAAUAACAAUACUAGUCAUGCAUCAGAUUUAUAUAUUCUAAGGUUUAUGAACCACCAAAGUAACAAAAGAGUUUUGGCCCCCUAAUUAAUGAAUGAAUAAUCAGUCAGGGUUAGAGCUAGUUACCCCUGAAUCUGGAUUCAUCAUCUGUCUUAGUCUUCAUUUUUAUGAAAGAGAGAAUCUGCAACAUAUAUCAAAAUUAGAUGGAUGGGUGACAUUUUGACCUCUAGACAGUAACUAUGUACGCAUCUUACCCCCCCCCCCCCAUAGACCCAUCAAAUUUCGAUUGACGGUUGAUGACCGGCCUCCAUGACAUUUGUUGCUACUUAUGUCGAAUUAUAGGAUCGAUGAGUGAAGAUUUGCCUUGAUGUCACUUUGGGUGCUAUUUCGGACAAACGAGGAUGGAUGAUUGACCCAUUUCGACUUGCACAACACAAUAACAAUUAGGAGGGAACAAAUCAACAACAACAAAAAACAACAAAGUUCUUUCUUUUUCAUUAUGUCUGUGAAGAUUCACUGCUACCAAGAGACCAGAAAUCUAUAAAGACUGAAUUGAGGCCACUGGAAUCUUCUUUUUUGGUGACAUUGUUGUUUUCAAAAAUGACUUGGGCAAUUCUGCUACUAGGCUAACAAUACGUAAACCUCCUACGUAUCUAUAUUUAUGCACGUGUGUGGAUGUAAUCGAGUUUUUACACAUUUUCCAUCACAGAUAAUGAGUUGAUUUCAAUCUGUGAAAAUGUCAAUCGGUCAGUCGUAUUCAAAGUUGUGUGGACAUGGGUCUCACAGAAUUAAAAGGUGCUGAAUAUAUUUGUGUAAUAUUUAUUUUCAUCAGGUUUUCAAUGGCAUGAGAUGGCAAAUAAAAGCAAACAAAAGCUGUCAGCAUAGAAAAAAGUCAACUUCUGCUUCUGCAACUGGUAUAAUCAUGUGGAAGCAGUAAUAAAUCAUAACCCAAUUUCUGAAACGGUGCAGAUUCAUGGGCAGAUAAAGGGUUUCCAAUCCACAGGUAGACAAUGUUUCAAUUGUGUCAUAUAAAGAAAAAAAAGACAGUGAUGUACAAUUUGCAACUGAAUGGGUUUUUUUUUUUUAAACUAAACUGAGAAACCAGAUUCCUGAUAUUUUUCAUAUUUCGUGUUGAACAUAUCCUUUGCAGACGGAAGGAAUUUAAAUUGAUGCAACUUACUCAGCAGCUG